UUAAUGACUUGAAAAAAAAAUUUCAGCUUAAAAAAAAAAAAAAAAAAAUUGAAAUAAUAAUAAGAAUAGUAAUAAUAAAGUAGUAUGGAGAUUUACUAGAUGUAACUAGACAUUAAUAGUAAAGAAAAGAUACUCUUACGCGGACUCUCUAGGUCCAGAAUCAUCGUCUGCUCCAACCAAGAUGUGGAACCUCUCAUUGUUGCAAAUUCUUGUAAUAACCUUAUUAGCAGCAAUUGGAGUUUGUAAUGGUACUAACAAAUAUAGCAGGGAUGACUUUCCUCCCACCUUUGUCUUUGGCUCGGGAACCUCAGCUUAUCAGGUGGAAGGAGCAGCAAACGAAGAUGGCAGAACACCAAGCAUUUGGGACACCUUUGCUCAUGCUGGGUAUGCACGUGGAGCUACAGGAGAUGUAGCUUGUGAUCAAUAUCAUAAAUAUAAGGAAGAUGUACAACUCAUGGCGGAUAUAGGCCUUGAGGCCUAUAGAUUUUCCAUUUCAUGGUCAAGACUCAUCCCAAAUGGCAGAGGACCUGUCAACCCAGAAGGCUUACGGUACUACAACAAUCUUAUUAAUGAACUGGUCGACCAUGGAAUCCAACCACAUGUUGCAUUAUUCAAUUAUGAUCUUCCACAGGCACUUGAAGAUGAGUAUGGAGGGUGGAUUAGUCGAAAAGUUGUGAAAGACUUCAUUGUUUAUGCGGAUGUGUGCUUCAGAGAGUUUGGGGAUAGAGUGCAGUAUUGGAGUACAGUAAAUGAGCCUAAUGUACUUGCUCAGGGAGGUUAUGAUACAGGAAUUGUGCCACCACAACGAUGUUCUCCUCCAUUUGGAAGGCUUAACUGCACAAGAGGCAAUUCCACAACCGAGCCAUACAUAGCAGUUCAUCAUAUCUUGUUGGCUCAUGCAUCAACUGUAAGGUUGUAUAGGAAAAAAUAUCAGGAAAAGCAACAUGGAUUUAUCGGGCUAUGCAUCUAUGCCCUUUGGUAUAAGCCCUUCACAGACUCUAAGGAAGACAUCAUUGCAACUCGACGAGCCUACGAUUUCCUUUAUGGCUGGGUUCUUGAUCCUCUGGUGUUUGGAGAUUAUCCCCAGAUAAUGAAGGAAAAUGCAGGUUCAAGAAUUCCAGCGUUCACAAAAGCCGAGUCUAAAAUUGUUAAGGGUUCAUUUGACUUCAUAGGAAUUAUACAUUACCUCACUGCGUCUAUCAAAGACAACUCUCGCAGCUUGGCUGAAGAACAUAGAGAUUACACUGCAGACGCAGCAGUGACAAUAGCUGGGAAUUUUAGUUUGACAGACUUUGAGAUUCCUAUUACUCCAUGGGCUCUGGAAGGAGUGCUGGAUUAUUUGAAACAAGUUUAUGGAAAUCCACCAGUGUAUAUUUACGAGAAUGGUCAGCGAAACCAACGCAAUUCAUCGUUAGAGGACACACCGAGGGUGGAAUAUAUGAAAGCGUAUAUAGGUGGUUUGUUGAAUGCUUUGAGGAAUGGAUCAAACACAAGAGGGUAUUUCACAUGGUCUUUCUUGGACGUGUUUGAGUUAUUGGAUGGGUAUGAAUCCGGGUAUGGGUUAUACUAUGUUGAUUUGGACGAUCCAAACUUGAAAAGAUACCCCAAGCUCUCGUCCCACUGGUAUUCUAACUUCUUAAAGGGCAAAAGCGCUGGUUCAGAAGGACUUAAUGAAUUUGAUAGGAAUCCAGAAACAGUCUCCUUUGAUUAAGUUGAAUUUAAUAUAAAAACAGAGUGACUAUGGAAACAAGAAUUCAGAGCUAGUCACCUAAUUAUGAACAAUAAUAAUGAUAGUGGUGAUGUUAAUUUUGUUUAUUUAUAUGGUGAUUAGUGAUUUCAAA